AGCUCAUUGCACUUCAUUUAUUUUCCACAGGCUCCAUGUGACAACGGCUCAAAAAUCCAAAGCUACACUUUAGAAUGGGAUAAGGGAAAAGGGACUGAGGAAUUUGAACAGUGUUACUAUGGGCCUCUGAAGCAGUUUAGAGUGACCAAACUAUCACCAGCUUCAAGAUACACAUUCCGACUAGCAGCCACAAAUGACAUGGGUGUGAGCAACUUCAGUGAAGCAAUCGAUUUUUACACCUCAGGCAGCGUUCCACCACCACCAGCAAGUCCUGAGCUUGUAAAAGCUGGGGUUACCUGGAUGUCCAUACAGUGGAGAAGACCCUCGGGCGCACCAGCAGAAGACGACAUUUCUUAUGUUCUGGAAAUGGAGGAUGAAACCUCAGGCUAUGGGUUUAAACCAAAAUACAACGGGGAUGAUCUCUCCUGCACAGUUAAGAAUCUUAGACGGAGUACCAAGUACAGAUUUCGGGUUGCAGCUUACAACUCGGAGGGGACAAGCAAUCCUAGCGAGGCCGCUGAGUUUUGCACUUGUCCUGACCGGCCUGGAGCACCUUGCAAGCCAGUAGUGAAGGGGAAGGUUCAUGCCAACAAUUUUAAAAUUAUAUGGGAACCACCCAAAGAGGAUGGAGGAGCCACUGUCACAAAGUAUAUUGUGGAGAUGUCAGAAGGGUCUGAUGGGAACAAAUGGGAGAUGGUGUACAGCGGGUCUGCCCUGGAGCAUGUGUGUGAUCAGCUGAACCCAGGCUGUGCCUAUCAAGUCCGGGUGUACUGCAUCAGCGAAGGAGGGCAGAGCCCGCUUUCAGAAACCUUACUGAUACAGACACCAGCAAUUCCACCUGGCCAGUGUAUGCCACCACGGCUUGUGGGGAAACCUAAAGCAAGAGAAUUGCAGAUGCGUUGGGGAGCUCCCCAGGUGGAUGGUGGAAGUCUAGUCUCCUGCUAUAGACUUGAGAUGUCUCCAGCUGAGUCAGAGGAGCACAGAGAAGUCUAUAUGGGUCCUGAACUGGAAUGUACAGUAAUUGGUCUCCUACCAGGGAAAACAUACUCAUUUAGGCUUCGGGCAGCCAACAAAGCUGGGUAUGGAUCAUACUCUGAAAAAUGUGAAAUCACUACAGCUCCUGGUGUACCAGAUCAAUGCAAACCACCCCAUGUUGCUUGUCGGUCCCCUACAUGUGCAAUAGUCAGCUGGGAGACCCCGGCUGGAAAUGGCGCUAAUGUUACCGAGCAUCGGUUAGAAUGGGGUGCGGCAGAGGGCUGCAUACAACUCUGCUACUGUGGACCUGGUUUAACACAUGAAAUGAAAGGGCUCUUACCAGCUACCACUUACUUCUGUAGAAUACAGGCAGUAAAUGUUGCCGGUGCCGGUCUGUUCAGUGAAGUGGUUUUGUGCGUGACUCCAUCCUCGGUCCCGGCUGCAGUGAGUUGUCUUCGCGUCAGAGAUGAGAGCGAGGUAGACAUUCCACACUACUCCCCAUCCACAUGCCUGGCGCUGCAGUGGGAAGAGCCUUGUGACCAUGGCUCAGAAAUUACUGCUUUCAGCAUAGAUUUUGGAGACAGGCAGCCCAUUACAGUGCCGAGAACCACAAACCACAUUAUAGAAAACCUGCAGCCAGAUGCAACUUACAGAAUACGAAUUCAGGCCCUGAACAGCAUUGGCGCUGGCCCAUUCAGCCACACUAUCAAGUUGAAAACCAAGCCCCUUCCUCCUGAGCCCCCGAGGCUCGAGUGCACUGUCUUGAGUCAUCAGAACCUGAAGCUCAAGUGGGGAGAGGGCACUGCUAAAUCAUUGCAAACAGACUCCAUUCAAUAUCACCUUCAAAUGGAGGACAAGAGUGGAAGGUUUGUGUCCUUGUACAGAGGCCCAUGCCACACACACAAGGUACAGAGGCUCAAUGAAUCAACCACCUACACAUUCCGCAUUCAGGCCUUCAAUGAAGCCGGUGAAGGGUCCUUUUCUGAUGUUUACACUUUCACGACGCCCAAAUCCCCGCCUGCUCCUCUCAAAGCACCAAGAAUAGAACGUCUUGAUGACCACACCUGUGAGGUCACUUGGGAGGCAUUACAACCCAUGAAAGGUGACCCAGUUAUUUACAGCCUUCAGUCUAUGACUGGGAAUUCAGAGUUCAAACAGAUUUACAAAGGCUCUGCCAGGUCAUUCCAAGUUUCAGGACUUCAGCUUAACUGUGAACAUCGUUUCCGGGCCUGCGCCAUUCGCCAGUGCCAAAACCCUCAGGGCCCUCAAGAUCUGAGCGGCCCCUACAGUGCCACUGUAACAUUCUCCUGUCAGAAGACUGAACUGCCCAGCACCACCCAUAAAAACACUGUGGAAGUCUCAAGGACAAAACGCACUCUGAGUGAUGAACAGUGUGCGGCUGUCAUCCUUGUGCUCUUUGCUAUUAUCUCCAUUCUGAUUGCCUUUGUCAUCCAGUACUUUGUCAUUAAGUAAUAGGACCAUCCCAAACUGGCAAGGUACUUGAAGUACCUGCUGCAGCCUCAAUUUGAAAUGAUAUUAUACUGUGAUAUGAUUUCUGUUAAAUUUGCUUUUACAUCUGUAGUGGCAUAUAAUGCUGCUUCUGGACCAAGGGUGGGCAAUUUCAGGCCUGAUGGGCCUGUCCAAUCCAGGUUUCGUAGUUAUAGUGAAAUAAUGAGCUACUUUUAUAACCUGGGUGGAAGUUUAAUUCAGAACAUUGUUGGAACAAAGACUUGGACUGGAAGGGUCAUUAUUGUUUACCCAUGUUCUAAACUUCCACCAGCUUUCCUGUCAUUCUCGUUGGCUACAAUGCUUGAAAUUCCCACAUGGCAGCUGGCAAUUAAAUAAGAGACACCAGCAACCCAAGUUACUUUGGUAGGCUUAACAAGUGAAAUUAGUAAACUACUAAUAGCUUUAUUGUGAAUAGUGAUUAGGUUUUGCUGGUUUACAAAGUAGUGCAGUAGAGGAUAUAGUUAAUUGGUGAUCAGUUAUGAUUGAUGCACUUAAUUAAACUGUUCAAAUGUUUAGGCUAGGAAUUGAUAGCACAGUAGCUAGUUUUUAGAGGAUAAUCAUGUUGUUGCAAUUGCCAGCUAAUAAUACAUGCUGCCCCAGUGUAAUGAAAGCUACUUGAUUGCUUGAUAAGUCAUAUGGUUCAAGUGCCAGAAUGGGGUUUCUUUUUGCAAGAUGAAAAGCUACACCUAAAAUAUAAUGAAAGAAACAAAAGUAGAAUGAAACCUACUCAUUUAGCACUUUCCCAUCUUUGUCCAGAAUGUGUAGCGAUGCAAAAGAGACUAAAAGUAACAUUUGACAUAUUUUUGUAAGAAACAUGGACCUAUGUUUGGAGUUUGUUCUUCAAAAAUGAAAUUGUGUAACUGUCCUUUAGCUGCUUCUAAUCUUAACUAUACAUUUAGCACAGAUGUUUAUUGAGUUAUCCCAGCCUAAAGGUUUGCACCUCGUACAAAAUGUUUGACUGCAUGUAGUAGUUGUGAUUAUAAUAGAACACUUUUCAGGUAAUGUAUGCCUUAAAUGUGCAUUGUGAGCUUGUUUUUUUGAGUAGUCUGUUUUUUAAAAUAGUUCAUCUCCACAGUCGAGAAACUUUAUCUGAAGCUUAAGAAAUCAUAAAAAGAACGACUGCUUACAGUAAGUAUAAAAACUGAGCCUAAUUUUCAGGAAAGAAAAAUCACUAGCCGUGUUCUGUAUUCAUAAUCACAAUUUUGUUGUAAUUACUUUUCUUUUGUUUUUGUAGCAUUCUGUUUUUGCAUCGAGAUGCAUUUUUUUUUAUUUGUUUUUCUUUAAUAUAUAAAUAUAUAUUCAUUGGUAAAACACUUUAAUUAUAUGAGAGAAUAUAUUUAACAACCCUUAUUAUCUAUUUACUUUAUUUUAUGUCCUAAAUGAGUUAUAUUAACAGUUAUCUGUCUGUGUUUACGUGUAUUCCUUUGAAUUCAGACUUUGACAAUUGUUUGUGUUAAUUGGUAUUUUUGUCACUGAUUGCUGAAGUGUUGAAUGGGCACAAUUUUCUCUCUGGAAACCUUCAAAUGUGGCGUUGUGUUUGGCUGUUGGCAGACAUGUUGUUCGAUUGUUGCAACAAUUAAAAAAAAAUAUAUAGAUACCUUGUCUUAGCAAAAAAAAAAAAAAAAGAAAAAACAAUGUCACAAACAAUUAGAUGCCCUGCAGUGGCUUCUAUUUGUCAUAGUAAAAUUAAAAUUACUAUUUUUGAUAGUGAAACUGUAAUUGCAAGUUGUGCCAUUUGAAUAUUUUCCCAGUGUGGGCUAUUGCAGUAAGGAAAAAAAUAUUUUGUAUGUAAUUUUAAUGUUUGCAGUUACCUCAUAUACUGUACAUUCCAAAAAGUAAUUCAAAUUUGUUAUAAAUAUUACCAAACAUAUCACUUUAAAAUUGUACAAUGUCAGUAAUGAAAAUUGUAUAAUCACAUAAAUAUGUAUCUACACUGUAACUCUAUAGCCAUUAUAUAUAAAGAUCCAUGCACAAUAAAAUAUCU